GCAGUUGGUUUCAGUACUUGGUUUGUCUCAGACCAGAGUGCAUCUCUUGGCGAUUCCUGGAUCUUCCAAGCGAUUUCAGAGUGAGAAAAAGCGAUUUUUUUUUGCAGCGGAAAGCAAAUUCACCAACUUUGGUUGAGAGGAAUUGCUUUUGAAGAAAGAAGAAUAUUUCUACAGAAUACAGAAGAAGAAAAUCAAAAGUCCAUUCUUUGAGACUUUAUUGAUACCAUCAAGAUGAAGAGAAGGAUCGACGACGUGAGCAGCAGCGAGGAAAAAAGUGGGCGAAAAAGGAAGAAAAAGAGAAGAAUACACAAGUGCAGCUCCAGUGAGGAAAUAAAAAUGGAAGGAAGGAAAAGACCCAGAGAGAGUGAGAACAGCGCUACAUCAGAACGAGGAAGUGAAUUGAAGAGACCCCGUGUGGAAGAAGAACUUCCUCUCCCAGUAGCAAUCAGCAACUGCACCAUCCAUGCUGAGCUUGGGAGUGGAACAUACGGCAGAGUUUGGUUGGUAUCUUUACAAGACAGGAUCCAGCAAAUAGCCAUCAAGGUCAUUAAAAAGAGCAACGACACCAACAUGUCCAACAUCAUCACAGAGGCACGGGUAUUAAAGACAGCAGCUGGAUGCCCGUACCUUUGCUCUGCCUAUGGUUCUUUCCAAACACAGGGGCAUGUUCUGCAUGCUAUGGAGUACAUCAGCGGAGGGACCCUAUGGAGCAUCAUCAAGAACAGCGUCCAACUGGAGAUGGACUUAGUAAGAUUCUACGCAGCAGAGCUGGUGUGCGGCCUGCAGUUUCUCCAUUCAAAUGGGAUUAUCCACCGGUAUGUGAGAUUUAUAAAAAUCCUAUAUAUUAUCCUUCUGUUCACAUCCCUUCUUGCCCUCCAGUUAUAA